AUGCCCGACAACCAUAUACCGCUGGGCCACAGCACCCCGCCUCCUCUAGAGGACCACCAGGUGCCGCUCUACUUUGCGCGCCUGCACCACAUCGACAUACCGCACCACCGCGACCGCGACUACCCUCAUUACCACGCCCUGUGCAAAGUCGCCCUCGCCAACGCCGUCAAGUCCUUUGAGGCGGAGCUUGCUGCGCGGAGUCCUGUCGAGCACAUUAAACUUGUGAACGAGACGCUGAUAGUGCUACCCCGCAGCCAGAGCAAGCUUUCCCAGCAAGAGCUGGCCGACCUCCAGAAGGCGACCCACUUCGACAAGAAGGAGCUGCAACAAUGGUACAAGGGCUUCCUGAAGGACUGCCCCUCUGGCAUGCUCACCAAGGAGGAGUUCCAGAAGAUCUACAAACAGUUCUUUCCAUUCGGUGAUCCAUCCUCGUUUGCAGAUUAUGUGUUCAAUGUGUUCGACGCGGACAAGUCUGGUACUAUCGACUUUAAGGAGUUCAUCUGUGCCCUGAGCGUCACGAGCCGUGGGAAAAUGGAGGACAAGCUCGACUGGGCAUUCCAGCUGUACGAUAUUGACGGCGACGGAAAGAUCAGCUACGAGGAGAUGCUGUCGAUCGUUGAGGCGAUAUACAAGAUGGUCGGUUCCAUGGUCAAGCUCCCCGAAGACGAAGACACGCCCGAGAAGCGCGUACGCAAGAUCUUCCGGAUGAUGGACAAGGAUGAGAACGGCAGCUUGGACAUGGCCGAGUUCAAGGAAGGCUCCAAGCGCGACGAGACGAUCGUUUCGGCCCUAUCUCUCUAUGACGGCCUCGUAUAG